AUGUUGUCUACACUUCGGAGAUUUUUCGCCAUGGUGGUGAUGCUUAUGGCAUUCUCAGCCACCGCACUUCCCAACAUUAGAGUGUUGCCGUUGGGUGAUUCCAUCACCAAAGGAACAGGCUCAACGGGCUUGGUCGGGUAUCGUUUACCGAUGCGACAAAAGAUUCUUGCGCAAGGCGUCAAAGUCAAUAUGGUGGGAACCUUGAAAAACGGCAACAUGGUAGAUGGACACCACGAAGGACACAGCGGCAAACUUCUAUCCGACAUCAACGGUUACUGGCAAGUCCCCAUGAAGGCUCGCCCCAACGUUGUUCUCAUUCACGCUGGUACCAACAACAUGGACCGAGGAAUCGACCUUGAUAUUGCAGCCGAUAUCAUGGCUGACAUCGUCGACGGCAUCUUCAAAGUCGCUUCAGACGUCACCAUUCUACUUGCACCAGUCAUUUGGGCCAAUGUUCCAACGAUGCAAGCCAACACAGACAAGUUCAACGUCAAAGUUCGAUCACUCAUUGCGGCGCGACAAAAAUCCGGCAAGAAGAUUUUGGAGGUGCCGAUUGAUAUUAAAAAGGCUGAUCUUGGUGACUCGAAGCAUCCCAACGAUGCUGGUUAUGAGAAGAUGGCGAAUGCGUGGCUGAAGGCGAUUCUUGAAGCUGAUAAGAAGGGAUGGUUGAAGACGCCUGUCAAGAUGAGCGAGAGCGAUGCUCCAGGAACUGGGCUGGGUGCAUAA